GUUUGCAUGUUGGAGAGCCAAUCCAGUCACUACGCUAUGCUCUAUGAAUGCAGUCAUCAAAGAUAGCAUCAACCGAGUGGGGCAGAAACACAAAUCCUGCUUUUGGUUGUGUCUGAGUGUUUGGGUGCAGAGAAGAAUAAGUGUGAGUGUGUGUAAGUAACAAAGAAGAAUCCAGUGAUGGCUACCGGUAAAAGUAAAAACCAGAGCUCUCUGGCACUGCACAAGGUGAUAAUGGUGGGCAGUGGAGGUGUGGGGAAGUCGGCCCUCACCCUGCAGUUCAUGUAUGAUGAGUUUGUGGAGGAUUAUGAGCCCACCAAGGCAGACAGCUACAGGAAGAAAGUGGUUCUCGAUGGGGAGGAGGUCCAGAUCGACAUCCUGGACACAGCCGGCCAGGAGGACUACGCUGCCAUCAGGGACAACUAUUUUCGCAGCGGGGAGGGCUUCCUGCUAGUCUUCUCCAUCACAGAGCACGAGUCGUUCACUGCCACCGCUGAGUUCAGGGAGCAGAUCCUGCGAGUGAAGGCAGAAGAAGACAAGAUCCCUCUCCUGCUGGUUGGAAACAAGUCCGACCUCGAGGAGCGCCGGCAAGUGUCUGUGGACGAGGCUCGAGGGAAGGCUGAAGAGUGGGGCGUCCAGUAUGUGGAGACGUCAGCUAAAACCAGAGCCAACGUCGACAAGGUAUUCUUUGACCUGAUGCGUGAUGUACGAGGUAAGAAAAUGUCAGAAAACAAAGACAAAAAUGGAAAAGGAAAGAACAAGAAGAACAAGAAGAGCUUCAGAGAGAGAUGUUGUUUACUUUGAACUCUUCAUGGACCUUAACAACCCAACAGUACAACUGCAAAGAUGGGGAACAAAGCAGAGUGUCCUUGCCAUUGUCAUUCAAAAGAAAUUUGACCAUUUAAAAAAAAAAAAAAAAGAAAAGAGAAAAAAAAGAAGCUCAUACUUUAGUGUCUAGAACAAUUUCAACCACUUUUUUUUUUUGCCAUUUUUAAUCAAUGAAAUCUGACUUGCUGUUUCAUUGGAAGAUAACCACUGUUCUGACUGUGACUUGGACUGCAGUGCUUGAUGGCUCAAAGAAAGCCAAUGACCAAACUGCCACUGACACUAACUCUGCUGCUCAAGACAUUCUCCACUGUUUAACUCAGCGAUUAUACUGCCUUUAACUUUGGUUCAGUGUGUUUUACACCAGAAUUGUGGAGUCUUCGUCAAGUUAACAGUGCUCUUAAUUUCUUUACUUUCUCUUAUUCUUAACCUGCGUAAUUAUUAGUCUAUCGUAGUAUAGACCCCUGAGCUUAUGUUAAUCAACUUACAAGGAACUCUAAUGCUGCUGUCUGUCAUAUUUGUAAACAUUUAUAAAUGACACUUAAUGUCGUGUCCGUUGAAGAUGUUGGCUUCAUUCAUUAAUCUGUCCAAACUCACAUCUUCAUGACAACAAAGCGUGUUCGAAUGGCGACUGAAACUGGAAGUUUAAAAUGUUUUCAUUUCGGAGCCCUUGAGGCUUCUUUUAUUCAAGAAUUUGCUAUUUUCUGACAAUAGAGGAAUCAGAAAGUGCAAUCAGAGGACUUGUUGCCAAACAAGGUCAUUUUCUUCCAUUGUUAUCUGGCCUUACAUGAUUAAAGCAAUGAUAAGAUGUUUCACAGUUUUUCAGAAGGACUGCUUAGUGACAGUAAUCAGAAAACCCCCAAAUUUCUGGUGAGGGCUUCUUGUGACUAUUUUAACAUUUGUUAGAUGUUUUGAAGUUGUGAGAAAAAGACUGUUAUGCAGUUACUGUUGUUGUGUUUUUCUACAUUAGUCAACUACAGUGACUGAAAGGAGAGAGAAGACUUGUUCUUUUUUCCUCUCUCUGCCAUAUUGAUGUAAUCUGGCCCUUCCCACCAUUCUCACAGUGCUGUUUACUUUGUUUUAUACGACAGAUGAAGUUUGGAGUCUUUGCUGGUUCUGCACUGUUAGACAGGUGUUGACAAUCCAGGAGGCCAUCAUCUUUUUCAUCAUUAAUUAUUCAUCUUGACACUUCUGUUAUCUUUGCUCUGUGAUCUUUUGGAGAACAUGCACUACAUUGCCAGUACCUAAGAAGUGGAGAUUUUUAAACAGUUUGUGCCAACAAAAAAAAUCACAAAAAAUCAAACUAUGUUUGUGGAUGUACAGUAUGUAUGUUAAUCAGUGUGUGUGCCAGUUUACCAGGAAAUUUGAUGACUUUUCUGUGUCUGUGUGUGAAUGAAGCUUUGACGAGGGCGCCAACUUCUUAACUGUUGUUUCAUCAAGUGCUACGGUAAACAAGAUGUUUCCACCAUUCUGUAAACCAUCCUUUUUAACAUGUCCUCCCCUUUUCUUUUACUUCCUACUACUGUGAGUAUGAUUUUAUCUCUCUGCAGUGAGAUUGUUGCUGAAUAAAUGCUUU